AGCCAUGGGUGACUGGUCGAUACUUGGUCGCUUCCUGUCUGAAGUCCAAAACCACUCUACAGUGAUAGGCAAGAUCUGGCUCACCAUGCUGCUUAUUUUCCGUAUCCUGCUGGUGGCCUUGGUGGGUGAUGCUGUCUACAGCGACGAGCAGUCCAAGUUCACCUGCAACACCCAGCAGCCUGGAUGCAACAACGUCUGUUACGAUACCUUUGCUCCUGUUUCGCAUCUACGGUUCUGGGUCUUCCAAAUUGUGCUCGUCUCCACCCCAUCCAUCUUCUACAUAGUUUUUGUUCUGCAUAAAAUUGCCAAGGAGGAGAAGCUGGAUGGCCAAAGGGCACAGGUGGUAACCCAGAGGCCUCCCAGACAGAGAUGUGGGCACAUAGGAAAGGAUGGCAUGGAGGCCUUGAGGGUCAACAUGCCCACCUACUGUCCUCAUUACAGGGAGGAAUGGAAUGCUAGGGAGAGGGAAGAAGUAGAACAAAUCUCUCUGGAGGAGGAUUAUCGCGAGGUAGGAGAGGACCCCACCCAACAAUCCAACCAGGUUCUGCUCAUAUACAUUCUUCAUGUGUUACUACGAUCUGUUAUGGAGAUCAUCUUCCUCGUGGGCCAGUACUUCUUGUUCGGGUUUGAGGUGCCACACCUGUACCGCUGUGAGACCUACCCCUGCCCUACCCGUACGGACUGCUUUGUGUCACGUGCCACAGAGAAAACCAUCUUCUUGGACUUCAUGUUCACCAUCAGCCUGGGUUGUUUCGUGCUCAACAUUGUAGAGCUCCAUUACCUGGGCUGGGUCUACAUUUUCCGCAUCCUCUGCUCAGCUUGCUCAACCUGCUACAGUUAGGAGAGGGACACUGACAGACUGUACUCAAACCACAACCCCCUCCUGCUGCAGUUCAGGCAUUCUCUGAGGGGUCUGCCUGUUCUGCAGCCUCCAGCAGCCAUAGGCCCAGAGAAGACUGGGAGUCUUCUCACACAAGCCCCGGCUAUAUCCUUUGAGACAGACUCAACUGUGGAAUGCACGUCCAAGAGAAGCCCAGAGAGCAGAGACAAACUUAAGGUCAAGCUGGCCAACAUGGCCAGGCUGGGACGUAUUAAGAAGUCUUGGCUAUGAGAGUGAUAUUUUUCUGUAAUGCCAUUACAUAUAGUAAAACAGACUGAGAUGGUAACCUUUGAACCUGAAACAUACCCUACAUGAACAUAUUAAUAUAGACACUUCUAUCGAAGUAAAUCUGUUUCAUCAGAUUUUGAAAUUAAAAGCCAUUGAAUAUUUAGAACUGAAUAUUAAUGCAUUGAAAUUAUUUAUCUGAAUUUUACUCAACAACUUAUAUUCACCUUUAUUUUUCAAUGCUCCAGAUUCAGAAUCAAAAAAUCAGCGUUAAAAAAUUAAAUUUACCAAAUUCAGCAAAAUACACGCAAAAUGCAGUGUAUAAAAUUAAACUAAUAUCUUUUCAACUCACUCAAAUUCAGUAGGCCAAAUUCAGCUGCAAAAGGUAAUGUAUAAAAUUCAGUGUAACCAUCCCGUAACCCAAGGAAAAGAAAUUGA